AUGGUAAAUGCUACUGGCUUGGGUUCACUGCAAUUCAAGACUCAUUCUCCACCGUUGCUUUCGAAAAUGUCCAUCUAUUCGGGUUCAUACGCCUCACCAGGGCCUCCUCAAAUCUCAUCAGCUUCGGUGUGUGGCGUUAUUUGUCCAGAUCCACUGGUACCUUCGGUGAAGUCAAUCAGCAAUGGGAAAAGAAUUUCGGGUCUAUUUUUCACAUUUCUUGCUGAAACUCCUCUGGAGGAUAAUUCCAGUCGGAAACAAACCUACGGCUUGAGAACCGUAGAGCGAACUGUUUCGUUU